AUGGCAAAGGAAGAAGGAGGCAUGGGCCUUAGAAACCUCAUGGCUUAUCAGGACCUCGAAACCUUCGUGUCCCACUUCAUGCGUCACCAUCUUACAAUCAUUGACCUCUCCUUGCCCUCAAAUACGCUUGACACUUAUGAGUGGGAGUUGAAUGGUGUUAAGCAUGCUUCAUUUGCUUUGUCCCUCACUUGGGACACAAUGAGACCGCUAGAAGAUAAGAAGCAAUGGACGGAGUUGAUUUGGUUGAAGGGUUCAGUGCCCAAACAUUCCUUUAACAUGUGGAUUGCCAACGCAGACAGAUUCCCUACAAGAGCUCGCCUUGCAUCUUGGGGAUUCCAAAUUACAGCCACAUGUUGUCUCUGCUCUAGACAUGACGAGACUCGUGACCAUCUUCUUAUCCAAUGUGAGUUCAGUCUUGAUGUUUGGUUACAGGUCUCUUUAAGAUUCAAUCACCCGAAUGUGCGUUUCCACAACUGGAGCGAGCUCCUUUCAUGGCUUUGA